GCCGAUGUGAAUUCACAGAAACAGAUAGGACACGCGCAGCAACCCUGAUUUUGUGCACGCAGAUUACAGAAUAAAGGGAAUCCCGGAUUAUUUUCACAACUUUCUCCUCUACAGCCUUUUCGGAAAUUAUCUAAAGGAUCUGUUCCCCUGAGAUUUAAGGACAUCUGACAUUUGCCUGUCAUUUUGCUCAUCCACCUGCAUUUGGAUUGAUACAAAUCGCUGGACGUUGAUUUUAGAAUCAUGCUGAACAACAUGGAUUUAAACUCCAAAGAUUCGUUUUAUUCCCAUUUUGACAACUGUUGCAGCUCUUCCCUUGGGCUUGAGACGAUUAGAUCUAAAGAAAAUCAGGACAUUUUCAUGGAGGCUGAAAGCCAAGCACCUGUUCAGUUGAAUCAAGAUGGUGCAACCGUGCAUCCCAAAGCCGAAGCAUCCAACUCGGAUUUCUUCUUUGACCCAAGCGACGUCUCAAAAGGCAGCGCCCCCUCCUCUUUCGCCUACUCUGGCAGCUUCUACGUUGAGUCAUCGCAAGGACCGGUGUGCAGCACAGAGACCCUGCUCAACAUGAUCACAGAGAUAGUCGGUAUAUCCACGUUGCCCAUGUCAGAAUUCCAGCAGGGUGAUCCUGGCUCGUCCUACGCAUCCCCUUCUCCACUGGAAAACGGCAGGGGAAGCUUUCCAGACACGGGAUUCCAGAACCAAGGCGCUACUAGUGCCGUGGUGAGCUCUUCUCCGCCAGUAUACUCUCCAGAGCAGGUCUGCAACAGCUACCCCGGAGUUCAGACGAACCUCCAAGAUCCCACUGCAGCCCAAACAAACUUUGGUUCAUCGGCCCAGGUUCCAAGCCAGGGGCAUCCAGAACCGCAGCAACCGCAGCCUGCAACGUUUCCAGUGGUUGUCAAAAAUGAGUUCGAGAGCAGCUGUUACGAAUGGGACCCAUUCAGCAAACCCGAUGCAUACUUGCCCUCAAGUUUAGAACCAGAUAUAUUCCCGAUUUCUGGUAAUAGCCCAUCUGAGCAACAAGUGGACGUUAAGGACUUCCUUGACUCCUUGGCUCCCAUUUGCCCUACUGCUGACACUGAGUGCAAAAUAGAACGUGUCAUCAAGCAAGAGCAAUGCUUCAUGGACAACUGCGCACAGAAUUUUACCAGUCCCCUUUACACUAACUACCAAGUACCAGUCAUGGAUGUCUCAAACAACGUUUUGAAACCAGACGUGUUUUCCAAUAUUGGAUCUCAACCUUUGACAAGCCAGUGCGAUUCAACGUACUCCUCCUCUACUUUGUCCAGUACUAUAGACUCGAUUCUUUAUUCAUCUCUGUUGCCAAACACUUUUCAAAGAAACUGCACACGCGUGGAAAAACCAACUCGUAUCAGAAAAAGCCCGGCUUCCUCUAACGGGCCGGCCAAAGAAAAACCUUUCUCUUGCCCCAUGGAGAACUGCGACAGGCGUUUUUCCCGAUCCGAUGAGCUUAAUCGGCACAUUCGCAUUCACACGGGGCACAAGCCUUUCCAGUGCCGCAUCUGUUUGCGGAGUUUCAGUCGUAGCGACCACCUGACUACGCACACUAGGACUCACACAGGGGAGAAGCCGUUUUCCUGCGACGUGUGCGGCAAACGAUUUGCCAGAAGCGACGAGAGAAAAAGACACGGUCGCGUGCACCUCAAACAGAAAGAAAAGAUGGAGCUGAAGCCACAAGUUAUUAGUACUUGGCCCUUUACUUUACCCGAGGGAAUCUGAACACGCAUAUGCGUGUUAUAUGGGCUAUAUGUGCAUGAAAUUAAAUCUUUCCGUCUUGGAAGAUUAAAGCUUUGUAAAACAGUUGACCACUGAUUACAAGUUAACGUCUAAGCGUUUGCGAUGUGUCAUGCCUGUCCAGUCCAGGUGACUUGACGGUCCGGCUUCCGGUGUAACUGUCAUUGUCGGAGGAAGAGAAGAUAAGAAGGUCUCUCGCUUGAAAUCACGGCAACGUAUUUCAAAUGGGUCCGAAUUUUGGAAGGAACCAUGCAUUGCAAGUCCUAUUUACAUGCUGAAGACUGCCAACACUAGCGUUCUAUGCAACAAAUGCGUAAAAACUAAUGGACAGCAUCCGGCAUAGUCAUCAGCUAAUUACUCGAGACUGAAGAGUUGCUCUUACAUUCUGUGUGAGGAUAUUUAUGAGAAAUCUCACUAAAGAGCAGUUUCGAAACAGACUCUGAAAAGAAUAAGAAUAAAAACAUUGGAAAUGCUACCACAGAAGCAAAUCGCAAAGUUCAUAACCUCCAGGUCUGAACAGCGACAACCUCAAAGCAAAAAAUGCCAAUCUAAUCGAAAAACGAAACUGAACUAAGGGUGGCGUAGGGUGAAUUACACUUAAGACUUGGCAGUUGAGAGUCCGGCGAUAUGUGCUUUUGAUGCUUUUUACAUAACACUGCGACAAGCCAAACUGUGUUUCUUAAAGUUGCAUGUUCUUGUUUAUAUUGGAGUAUUUCUUAUGAAACAAAGACAGCGUUGUCCUGCGUGGGACCAAAAAAGACGCUGCGCCGUGAAUAUAAAAUAACUCUCUCUUCGGCACUCUAUUUGUGCCAAGGUUUUGUUGUCAUGAUAUUGUUGGUUUGUACUUGUGCUGUAUUUUAAUACUUAUUGUAUUUAUUACUUGGACAUAUGAAUGAAAUGUGAAGGUAUACAACCUGUGGCAAAAUAAAUAUAUUUGUAUAACUAUCUUUAAGUAUUUUUCUAAACGUGUAUGUAUAUUUCCAAAAGCAUUGCUUUCUUGCAGAUUUUUAAAUGGAAAUGUCUUAUUUCCAAACUUAUUCACAAGGUUAUAUUUAUGCUAAGAGAAUGUUCCAACACCUUAAAUAUUCCUUUUUUAUCACAGUAAAAUGAUGAUGUUUUAUUUACACCCACAUUGUCACGUUUUGAUAAAAUUUUGAGUGGAAUAAAGCUGUUCAGUGAACCAAUAAUAUUAACAGUGUAAUAUAUAGUUUCAAUUCAAUUUUAUAAAAUAUCCCAGCACAUUAUCACAGCAUGGUAAAGAUUCUUCAAUCACAAUAAUAUCAUUUAAAAUAUGGAUAAAUCUGAUUUAAUUCUAAGGGUUUCUGCAGUUUGUGGUAUUGCCAAGCACGAAUAUGCACAAUGCUGAUUGCAGUUGAGUAAUCUUGUAAGCACACAUUACUGCCACAUUCACUUCUUUAAUUGAUUGGUGAUACUAUUAAUAUCUUAAAAUGCAUCGUCAAAAGGCAGACAUUCAAUUUAGUGCAAGUGUGAAUUAUAUCGAGGGGUUAGAUUGUUUUGUACAAUCUAAGUACUGUAAAAUGAUGUGUAUUCUUAACUUGCCUUAAGUUAUAUUAACUGUUAUAUUAACUAAGAUACAAACUUGUAAAUUUGUACAGUUUAUACGAAAUACCUGAAUAGUGUUGU